GUGUGUGCCUUUAUUGUCUCGUUUUACUUACCUUGUGGAGACACUUGUAUGUUAUCAUAUCUUGCCAUUUUCAUAAAAUUCCAUGUUUUGCGGUGGGUGCUAGUUAAUAGACACUCCAUACCAGUUGGUGGCGGUAAUGCACUUGCAAUUAGCUAUUUGCCAACCGCCAAUAAACAUCAGAAAAGAAGGAGAUGUACCAGUACAGCAGCGACCCCGUGUGUCCAGAUAGUGCUACAGCCACUUUGCAUAUCCUGUUUCUCUGACUCAGAUGAUGAUGGCUGUCGGGAAAGGAGGUUAGCCGACCUGCGCCGCGUAGAUGCUCGGACUGCUGGACAAAAAUCAAAGCAAGAAAAAAGCAAAUAUCCAAUCAUGGACGGGUUUGCAGGGGACAUGCUGAGCGGCAGCCGAGCUCUGCUAGGUGAGGACAGCUCGGUGAUGGCUCGCAUGCAGAAGAAGUUCUGGAAGACCAAGCAGGUCCUUAUCAAAGCCACGGGCAAGAAGGAGGAUGAGUACGUGGUGGCAUCAGAUGCUGACCUGGAUGCAAAGCUCGAGUUCUUCCGCUCGGUUCAGUCCACAUGCACAGAGCUGCUGAAGGUGAUCGAGAAGUACCAGCACAGGAUUACACGCUUGUCUCAGGAGGAGAAUGAGCUCGGCCUGUUUCUGCGCUUCCAGGCCGAACAUGACCGCACCAAGGCUGGCAACAUGAUGGAUGCCACCAGCAAGGCCCUGUGCACCUCGGCCAAGCAGAGGAUGGCACUUUGCCCACCGCUGCACCGUUUGCACCAGGAAGUGGAGACAUUCAGGCGGCGCGCCAUCGCUGACACACUGCUGACAGUCAGCCGCAUGGAGAAGGCCCGCACAGAGUACAGAGGAGCUCUGCUCUGGAUGAAAGACAUAUCCCAAGAACUGGACCCAGACACCUACAAACAGCUGGAAAAGUUCCGCAAGGUCCAAGCCCAGGUCAGAGGGACAAAGGGCCAGUUUGAGAAGCUGAAGAAUGACGUGUGUCAGAAGGUGGACAUGCUGGGAGCGAGCCGCUGCAAUAUGCUCUCCCACUCCCUCUGUACCUACCAGACCACUCUGCUGCAGUUCUGGGAGAAGACAGCCCACGCCAUGUCAGGAAUCCAUGAGGCCUUCCAAGGACACAUACCCUAUCAGUUCACCACACUUAAGGACCUGCGAGAUCCACUGGAGGAGAUAACAGACUCACAGAAACAAGUGGAUAAGAAGGAGAAGGCUCUACCGAGCAAUGCAGACAGUCUGGUGUCCUUGGAUGACGAUAAGCCAUCAGGAAGUGCCUCUGACGCAGACCCCACUCUCAGCAGUGAUGGACCAAGCCAAACCAGUGACCAUGUGCACCAAAAAGCUACCACACCCACUCCAGCCCUGCACGAUCUCAGAGGACUGUCAGUGGGCUCUGAUGAAGACCUGAUGCUCAUGGCCUGUGACCUACCACCACAGCCACAGCUCCCUGCCCCGACAAACAUCCCACCCCAGCCCCAGCUCCUGCCUCCUCCUCCUCCUCAGGCUCAAGACUGGCCUGAGGAGAAUGUGCCCUGGGGGUUUGGAAGCCUCCAGUCCAGCCUCUCACAGCUGCCCGCCACUGGUGAUGGUCUGCUCUCAGGUGGUCCACCCCACCCCGCAGGGACAGUGCUGAGACCAGAGGAAGAGGACAGCGAGAGGGGCGACAUGGCUUUCCUCAAAGACCUCCUUAGCCCAGGUCCAGGGGCCAGUGAUGAGUUCAGCAAAGAGUGGCAGGACGCUUUCGGGAUGUUCGACCCUCCCAAAGCCCCUCCUGCGGCCACGGGGGCAGCGGGCGCCAGGCAAGCAGCAUGUAUGCCCUCUAACCCACCCAGCCCCACAGGCUUCCUGCCCUCCCAGCUGCUGGAUCACAGCCUGAGUGCCACAGGCUGGUCAACCCCACCUAUGUUCCAAGCUCCACCCCUGCAGCCUCCUCCUGGUCAGAACCAGUCAGCUCAGUUGGCUCCAAGUUCAGCAGCUAACGCUGCUCCAGGUGGAUCCAAAGACAUGUCUGCCUGGUUCAACCUGUUCGCAGACCUGGACCCUCUCUCCAACCCAGACGCCAUUGGACGCUCCGCGGAUGAGCUGCUCAAUGCCUGAAACUCUGUGUGUGUGUGUGUGGUGUGGUGUGUGUGUGCGUGUGUGUGUGUGUUUAUAUGUGUGCUCAUGCUGCAGCGUAUGAUUUCUCUCCAAGGAUCUGGAUUUCAGCAACUUUCCAUGUCAACAACCAAGUAAAUGAUCUCAUAUUAAUGGGGAAACACACACACACACACACACAUCUGCAUUCUGUUACAAGGAGAGUUGUGUACAUGUCCGCACUCAAGGAUACACUCAUAUUUGUGUUACACAGGCGGAUGAUAUUUUACACUGGAAAAAGAAAACACUGUCAGUUGAUUGUUAAACUCUGCUCCUCAGCAGCUCACAGCUGCUCUCUGCAGCUUUGAAAAAGACUGUUAACACUACACAAGAAGCAACUGACUCAUGUGCACACAUCAAGCCUCAUGUGGUUUGUGCUACUUUACACUACUGGUUAUUGCGGCUUCUGUCGAGCAGAGAGAAUUCUGGGGUUUAUUUUGGACAGCGUUGUGUGUGCUUUUCUGUCUUUUAUUAAUGUUUGCAUUGUUUGGGUGUGUGUCAUUUUGCUGCGUACACAUCAUAAGGAACCCAGGAUAUAUAUAUAAAAAAAAUCUAUUUAAUGUAACGCUGUUUAUAUAUAGUAGCACAUGAUUGUUAUAUAUGAAUGAAGAGAAUAUAUUUACAUGACAGAGUGUAUGUACGAGGUCAGAAGCCCGUCACUGAGCCUGUAUUUGCACACAGACACAGCAGUGAAGCUCACACAGCACUAAACACCUGUAUCACAAGGCAAGUUCAGCUGAGCUCUCUCUCUCUGUCUGAGCCACACAUCAGUGAGUAUCAAGUAUCAUGAAGCUGGUUAUCAGUUAGCUCUGUUAACUCUGGGUCUUCCAGUCCAAAGUAAGGCUAUAGAUGAGUGUAGGGAUUAUUAUAUAGGCCUACCUACUAAGUAAAUAAUCAUCAUUCAAAAUUUGGUUUAUUCAAGUUUCAAGUUUUGAUCUGCUUCUCUGGACUGAACCUGCUCUGGAGGUUAACUGGAGCUAAUCUACUAAAUAAGCUUCAUGAUACUGCGAGGUUAAACCAAUAUGAAAUAUAUCAAAUAUAUCUGGCUCAUACACUAAUCUCACUUUGUGAUACAGACAAAGCCUCCAUCAGUUUGAUAAAUUAUCUGAUGCUUUAUUGAUCCCUGUAAGGAAAUGAUCUGCUCUGUCUUUGCUAAUGAUCUUUAAAGCUGUGAGGGAUUCAGUCUAAUGGUCUAAAUCCAGUGAUGAACUGUGAACCAUCUCGUCCCUGGAGAGGACUGACGGUGUCAGAUUACAGGCACAGUGGAAAUCUAAGAUGUCCAAACUCUUUCUGUGGCUUUUGUGAUGCCAGCAGCCUUUUACUGACUGUCUGCCUUCAUCCCAGAUUCUGUCGGGUUGAGUGUGGUGAAGUAAAAACAGGAUAUGUUUGAAAUCAUCUCCCAUCCCAUCUGCUGUUUAAAUUUCACAAUCACAAGUCCAAGGCCAAGAAAAAUGUGUGAAGGAUGAAACAUUUAUUUUGUAAUAACUUUCUCUUGAAGGAAGUUUUAAAGUAGGAAAAAGGGAUUUUAUUAUUUUUCAGUCCUACAAAUCUACAAACAGGACUACAGCGAAAUGUAUUUAUUUUCAGAUGAUAUUGCUGUCACUAAUUGCAGAAUCAGAUGUUUUUGUUUUUCAGUGCACUGUAAAGAUAACUGAAGUAACACUACUAAAUAACACUGCAGAAUAACUACAGUAAUAUGUAUAGCUCUGUGUUGUGUGUUUGAGGAUGCACAGAUGGAUUUUGGAAAUAUAUUGUUGUUUAAUGGGAAAAGAAUCAACACUGGAGAACUGUUACCAUCUCAUGAAGUGGAUUUCUGAUUUACCUGAUGUGGAUUUAAGUCCCACUUAUUCUUUUUUUAAUUUUUGAAGGGAACAAACUACCAAGACUGACAUUCCUGAAUGUUUGUGUAUUGGUUUAGUGCAGAAUGAAGAAGCAAAGCUGGCUUUCUGACAACUUUCAACAAGAUGUGAAAUGAUUUGUACAUGCAACUACUGAAACCAAAUCCUCAGUUAAGACAUUUGUGACUGUAAGUCACACUCCAUAGAGCUAAGGUGAUCAGAGUGCAUUAUGGGAUACAUUUAUCAUGUUCUUUGAGUCAGACAACUGAGAAAAACACUUUUUAUACAAGCUGCACAUUAAUAUCUGAAACUACUACUUCAUUUAUAUUUUCCUUUGUUGUUGUUUCUGAUGCAAAACUUUUUUUUUUCUUUUUGAAAAUCAAGCAGGAACUCUACUGAUGCUCCUAUCAGUCACAGGGGAAACUACUGUACUAGUAUUUCUGUCACUUUGUGUAUUAUAUUAUUUACUGUUGAUUUACACGCUUUAAAAAAAGAAUGUAUUUCUCAAAUCAAUCACCAAUGCUUCUUUUAAUUCAACUAUGCCUUUUUAUUUCACUGGAGGAGUUUAACAGAUGAAAACUUGGCAGUUCUGUUUCCAAUAAACUGGACAAGCAAACAGAGAA